AUGAGCGAGAACUGCAACUCACCCUCUGCUAUUCUGUCCGAGGUCAUCCAUGAGCUGGACCCCAACGCACCGCCAGUUGCUCCCCUCGACCUGCUAUCAACUGUCCCAUUCCUCUUUGCCCAGCGACGAGAAAGGCUCCGACUGGAAAAGCUGGCUCGUGAAGAUGUGCUGUUAGAGGCUCAAUACGCAGCCGCUCGGGCGGCAGGAAGGGAGAAAGAACGGAAGCAGCAAGAGCUAGAGGCAGAAUGGGAGAGGUUGCAAAACAAUGACCUUCUCCCUCCCGUUCGCGCAAAGAAUAUGAUGCCCUCCAGCGACGAAGUUGAUGCCAUCAUGGAUAGGGAAAUCGCCAAAGUAGUUAAAGGCCCCGGCCUGAAGCGCACAAAGGGCGAGACGGAAGAGCAGUACGACAAGCGCAUGAAAGCUCUUGAGUUACGUCUCGCCAAAAUCCAGUGGGUUGAAGUCAGCCGCAGGUUCGCAGCGCCUCCGCAUUACGUUGAAGGCUUUCCCACGAAUCUUGUCAACGUACAUCGCCAUGUCCGUCCCAUCGAUCCCGUGUUCAACGGGGAAAUGUUUGAUUGUCUUCAGUGUAAAGCAAAAGGAAGACGAUGUUCACGUAACAGUGAGGACUCACAAAGAUGCGAGCGAUGCAGACGUGACGGUCACUUCUGCCUAAUCAAGCGUCGAGCAGGGAAAUAUGACUACGUUGUGAGGACAUGGAAGUUUGCAGAAAUCCCACUUCGUGUAGCACUCGAGGAUGAAAUAAGGAAGUGGCUGAGAAGGCUGGCCAGGAAGGGCAAGGUGACAGGCAUCCAGCCUCUGCCAGCAUGGCCUGAGAAACAAGAGCUAAACGACACAGCAGACCAGGAUGGCAAGCCCAAGAAAUGGCAAGACUUCUUGAAGGGCUGUGCUAAAAGGGAGUUGAAGUGA